GGACUCAGGGGGCGAUUCCUGUUUUCCUUCCUGUGCGAAACGGCCAUGAGAAUUGAGAUAACGUACUUAUAAGCCUAAAGACAACACGUUCAUUGAAUCAUUGUUCCUUGAUUAUAUUUACCAUUUUACCAUAACAGCGUCUGUUUCUCUCCUUGUCCUUCCCCCUUCCCCUCUCUCUGUUUCUCAUGGCUGGUCCAUACACCUCUCUCAGAGCGUCUGCUUCUUCGUCUAACCAGAACCUUGCUUCCAGGCUUCUCUUUGUCCUCACAGUUCUACCAUUAUCCCUCGCGGCCUUCGCCUUCGUUCUUCAAUGGCGAGGCGGUGUCAACGAACCAAUGACGCGUUGGUCCCCCGAGAACCACCAAUUCCCUGGUAUGGUGAGUUCUGCUCCUACGAAUCCUGCUCACUCAUUGUCUUCAGCAUCGUCGUCCGAUUGUGCUGAGCUUCUGGGUCGGAGCUCCUCGCUUUCAUUUCCUUAUUAUCGUGGGUGGAAGUUCAAUUAUGAAGCUGAUCUGAGGCCAAAGAUAUGUAUUACUACAAGCACUUCGGCUGGCCUAGAGCAGAUCCUGCCAUGGAUUUUUUAUCAUAAGGUUAUUGGCGUUUCAACUUUCUUCUUAUUUGUUGAAGGAAAAGCUGCAUCUCCUAAUGUUUCUGCAGUCCUGGAAUCCAUUUCUGGAGUCAAAGUAAUAUACAGAACGAGAGAACUAGAGGAACAACAGGCUAAAAGCCGAAUCUGGAAUGAGACUUGGUUGUCAAGCUUCUUCUACAAGCCAUGCAAUUAUGAACUCUUUGUGAAGCAGUCUCUUAAUAUGGAGAUGGGUAUUGUCAUGGCAAGGGAUGCUGGAAUGGAUUGGGUUAUCCAUCUUGACACCGAUGAAUUAAUACAUCCAGCAAGUUCUCGGGAGUACUCAUUGAGGCAAUUACUCUUGGAUGUGCCUGGGAAUGUUGAUAUGGUUAUCUUUCCAAAUUAUGAGAGUAGUGUUGAACGUGAGGAUAUUAAGGAACCUUUCAGUGAGGUUUCAUUGUUCAAGAAAAACUAUGAUCAUCUUCCUAAGGACACAUACUUUGGAAUGUAUAAAGAAGCAACCCGUGGAAACCCAAACUACUUUUUGACUUAUGGAAACGGGAAAUCAGCUGCUCGGGUUCAAAAUCAUCUACGGCCUAAUGGGGCCCACAGAUGGCACAACUAUAUGAAGACCCCAAAUGAGAUUAAAUUGGAUGAAGCUGCUGUCCUGCACUACACAUACACCAAAUUUUCGGACCUGACCUCUAGACGUGAUCGGUGUGGGUGCAAGCCUACAAAGGAGGAUGUCAAGAGAUGUUUUAUGUUGGAAUUUGACAGAGCUGCGUUCAUAAUUGCCUCAACAGCAACAGAGGAGGAAAUGCUUCAAUGGUACCGCGAGCAUGUUGUAUGGACUGACAAGACACUGAACAUGAAACUUCUCAGGAAAGGCAUAUUGACACGCAUAUAUGCUCCCAUGGCUAUCAUUCAAGGUUUGAGGGAAUCUGGUGUUUUCAGCUCUGUGAUAGCAUCUGCUAAUACAACUCUCUCAAAAGUCAAGUUCUUAUCAUCCAUUGAGAGCAAUAACUCUUCUAGAACCAUGGGAUCUGAAACAAUUUCAUCACGAAAGAUUGGUGGUGGUAGAGAAUCCCAGGCAACUGCAAGGAAGGCCUUGGGGAUUGCAGAAACUACUUCAUUUGCAGCAGCAGUUCCACCAUUGCCUCCCCCAGGCAUGGAUGAUCUCCACAUGCAAACAUUAUAAAUCUGCUUACGAGUGCUUCUUGUUCUUCUUUUUCAGAUGACAGGUCUGAAAAUUAUAAACUUCAGAGGUCUCAUUUUGGGUGAAGGCAAGAAUCAGGCAAGUUGGCAGUUAAUGUUUGGUUUCAUGGGAUCUUCCCGAUCAUUACCCAAGCGCUGGUGUACAUUUCAGGUUUAGUCAAUAGAGUUAGAGAUUACCAUUUCAGGUUUACUUUCCUGUUUCUGAUGGUUAUGUAUAUAAAAGUUCAAAAGGGUUCUGUUUUACCGUUGAUUCUUCAGAUAUUGACUGUUCUUUCAUUAAUAUAUUACCAUUUUUUGUGAACUACAAGAAGUUUUGCCUCUUCUAGAAUGUAUACAAGUUUUUGCCAUUUUA